AGGUGAACGCGGCUCCAUCGUGCUCUGCCGCAGCCUGCCGUGGGAGGGAGGGGGCGAGCCGAGGGGGGCUAGCCGAGCCGAGGGGGGGGCUAGCCGGGGCUCGACGCGGGACGCUUGCGCUCGUGGAUUCCCCCCCCCGCCGGCACGGACGUCGCGUCGGGCGUGAAUAUGGAAUGAGAAGGGAAGGCGGCUGGAGAUGGGCCGGCGUUGACGUCCGCUUCAACUUCCUCGGUUCGGACAUGGACGAGUUCCACCCGUUCAUCGAGGCGCUGCUGCCGCACGUGCGCGCCUUCGCCUACACGUGGUUCAACCUGCAGGCCAGGAAGAGGAAGUACUUCAAGAAGCACGAGAAGAGGAUGACCAAAGAAGAAGAGAGGGCGGUCAAGGAAGAACUCCUCGGGGAGAAGGCAGAGGUGAAGCAGAAGUGGGCGAGUCGCCUUCUGGCCAAACUGCGCAAGGACAUCCGACCGGAAUGCCGAGAAGACUUCGUCAUGUCCGUCACGGGCAAGAAGGCGGCCUGCUGCGUCCUGUCCAAUCCCGACCAGAAAGGGAAGAUGCGACGCAUCGACUGCCUCCGACAGGCGGACAAGGUGUGGAGGCUGGACUUGGUGAUGGUGAUCCUGUUCAAGGGGAUCCCCCUGGAGAGCACCGACGGCGAGCGCCUGGUCAAAGGCGGCCGCUGCGCCAACCCGCUGCUGUGCGUGCAGCCCCGACACAUCUCCGUCUCCGUCAAGGAGCUCGACCUCUACCUGGCCUACUACGUGCACCGCAGAGAGGCCGAGGAGGGCAGCAGUCCCGGUCGGACGGCGUCGGCGUCCGAUCAGGAGGACAGUCGCGCCGCCGCCACGGAUGGUCCGGAGUUCCACGACGCCUUCGUGACGUCGGGAGUUUUCAGCGUCACUGAGCUGGUGCAGGUGUCGAGAACGCCCGUCGUCUCAGGGGUGGGAGCGAGUUUCUCCAGCGGGGAGCUCCAAGGCCACCUGGCCUACGAUCUCAACCGGGCGCUCCCUCAGCCCGUCAACAUGCGACGCGCACUCGCCAGCGCCUCGUCCGGCGGGAGUAAGCGGCACAAGUCCGGCUCCGUGGAGGAGGAGGCGUGCAGUCCGGGAGGAGAAUAUUACCACUCGCCAUCCUCCCCGGCCAGCGGCUCCAGAAACUGGACGGACGACACGGAAGGAGGUGCGUCUCCUCCGGUGAAGAAGGCCGAGCCGGACGGUCCUUCGGCCCGGGAGGACUCGCCCAGACCGGGAUCCUUCGCUCGGCACCAUCGGCCCGUCAUCGCGGUGCACAGCGGUCUGCCCCGUCCUCACCCGUCGCCGUCUUUGCACUUCCCGUCGUCGUCCUACUUCCCGCACGGAGCGAUCCGCUACCCUCCUCAUCUGGGCCAGGACCCCUUCAAGGACCUGGUCACCUUGGCCUGCGACCCCACCAAUCAGAGCUCGCUGAACGGCAGCAACCAGCUGAAAGUGAGCAGCCAUUACCUCUCGUCUCAGAUGCCGGCCCCCUCCCUGGGGCCGCCCCGGCCCACCCUGAGCGCAGACGUCAAGCCCCCCAGCGCUUCCUCCGACGGGGCGGCAAACUCCCCCACCUCGCCCACGUACUCGGCCCCCGCGACGCCCGGGACCCCCCCUGCCAGUCGCUCCUCCUUUGUCGGCGUCGCGCCUCGAGACCCCGCCGGACUCUACCAAGCUCAGUCUUGGUAUCUGGGCAACUGAAACACUACAUGAUCUUUUCUAUGUGUGCUCACACCAGUAUAUAACUGUACACUGACAUACUGUCUAUAAACAGUAUACAUUUCAUAUAUAUAUAUAUAUAUAUAUAUAUAUAUAUAUAUAGUAAAUGUACAGUAUAUAUGGCGUAGUUAUAUAUGGGUAUGGGCACACGGUGGGCCCCAUGGACUCAAAAACGGCUCUCAAGAUUUGUGGCUGGAAGAAUUUCCCGGGAAGGAUGUCAAAGAAGCCUUUAACCCCGCCCCCCUGCAGGUGCUGCUCAUCACAUAUGCAAAUACGCCUUGCUUUUUUUCUGUAUUCCCCUAAAGACUCCAACAACAGAUGGCGACGCUAUCUUUUCUUUGUCCCCACCAAGAAAGGAAAAGGAGAGAAAAAGAAAAAGACUUUUUGAUUGACAAUCACCGUCAGCGUGAAAGCGUUACGUUGCUCUUUUUUGGUUUUGUUUGUGUACACGAGCGCAGGCCACUUCCUCAACGCAAUUAAGCCCCUUUCACACGGUGCUCAUGCGAAAUGGCUGCGUCAGUUAUUCCCCUUUCACACAGAACACAGCGAAGGGCCCCGUCGGCGCGGUGUGACUUGCAAAGCGGUCGUUGUCGUGAGUGUCGGGUGUUCGACUUUACACCCCGUGUUGCAGAAUCGCCUUACACGCACGCAGCCGUCGUUCAGCGUCCGAUGCGACCCGCUAUGACGGUAAAUUCCGAGGUCGUCGUCUGGAUUUGAUGUGCAGCGUGAAAGGGGCUAUUGUCCAUCAAAUCCAACUUCUGUCCUGCGGGAAAGGCAGCGACACACAAUGCGGUGUUGAGGCCGUGACGUUAAUACGACAUUUUUAUUUAUUUAUUUUUUAACCGUACAGCAGCGCCUUGAGAUAUGAGUGACCCGACUUGCGAGUUUUUCGAGAUAUGAGCCGUGGUUUGGCUGAUUUUUUUAUUUUUUUUUGCUUUGAUUUGCAGGCGCAAACUUGAUGUUUGAGCAUGAUGGUGAAGUCAACGGACUUCACUACAAAUUGGCAAAUAGUCAACAAUUCAUCCAAAAAGAGGCUUCAGGCUGUUUAAUACGAUAAGAUGAGAUAUGAUAUGAUAUUAGUCCCACAAUGGGAAAUUUGCAAUUCCAUUCCCAGUUGAAGUUUACUGUCAAACUAAAUGUAAAACAAAAGAGAAUUCCGAGUUUGGACAACCAAAUGACAUUGAGUUAAGGAUGGCCCUUUAGCUUCAUGCUGACACAUAAUGGACAACGCCAUCGACAUGCUAACAGUUAGCAUUGAUAAGUGCAGUUUUAAAACCCUUUAAGCGAUGGAUGGUUGAACACAAACUGUGGAACAACACAUGUAGACAGGUAACAUAACAAUACUCACAGGCGUAUCUUCUUCAUCCUUUACGAGAAAUUGCUUACUGAGUCAUUUACAGUAGUAGUAGAAGUACUACUAUUCUUGUUGGUUUGUGUCCGCGUGACUGUAUUAUACCUUACUGCCUCCCGGUGGCCAAGGCGGGCUCACCAGAUAGGGCGGCACAAUGAAUCGAACAGUAGCAUUAAAUCAUGAUGCGCAAACUUUCCUUGAUAUCUUUACAUUCUACGUAUUCGGAAUUUGCGCUGAAGUAUAAUACGGACCCCAGAGUUGCUGGUAUCUAUACCUCAAAAAUUGAAGUCUUAUUCUCGUAGUAAUUUGUAUUUUCCAAGGUUUUUCAAAGGGAUGUUAAAGUUCUCUGAAGUAAGCGGAAAUGCUUUCCUUUACGCAUGCGCCAAACAAGAACGAAAGCAGAAAAUACUUCCCUUGCUUUGCUGAUACUUCCGUCUACAGAAGGAACUGAGGAAUUCAAAUUUUACGCGUGCGCAAGCUAUACGACAAAUUCACAGGUGAGCCUUUCUGCCAUUUCGUAAACUAAGACGCUAAAUCCGACGCCGUGUUACAUCAACCGACGCGUUGGUACCGCUAUAUACGGUAUACGAUGUAAUAACGCUAAGAGGUAGACGGGGGAACAGGGAAGUUUGUGGCGUUGAUUUUCAUCGGCUUAAAGCGGAGUAAUAAUUGGGUCAUUUUUCUUACACCUAUGUAUAAUGCGCACCAUUUAAUUAUAUUUUUAGCAUAAAAAGUAUAUUAUACACAAGACACUAUGGUAAUUAUGUUAUUCGUGUUUUUAUAAAGUACAAUAUUAUAGAGUUCUUUUUCCGAACAAAAUGUUUUGUUUUUGUGGGGGUUGGAGCGGAUCGAUGGCGUUUCCAUUUGUUUCACCGGGGAAAGUUGAUCUGAAUUGGACUCGUAUCUCAAGGCACCGCUGUAUUGGUGACUUCUGGAAAGAAGUCGGCAGUUAUGGCGUUAAGAUUUGUCCCACGCUUACAUACUGGGAACUGGAAAUAUUGAGCAUAAAAAUGUGUUGUGUUUGUUUGUUUUUUGAGGCGAUGCGCAAGCGUGGAAAAACGUUGAAAAUAUAACUUUUACACAAAAUAGAAUUGUACAAAAUAAAAAACACGCUUUUUUUGCGCUCAAUGUUUCCUGUUCCGAACGGCUAAUUGUGGUACGAAUCCAGCGUAAUAGGCAGUAGAGUCGUCUUUUCACGGGUGCCUGUGCUGCGGGAAAGGUACCGACACAGAAUGUUGGAAAAUUUGCAAGUCGACUCCCGAGGUGGUGGUGUCGUUGUAAAAGGGGCUAGCGUCCAUCCGAGUCCGCUUUCCCCGGAUGGCUGCCCUGCGAAAGGUGCCGGGCAGGGGUGCGAAGUUUAGCUCUGACAUUCGCUUCUCCCGCUGAUGUCAUCCAAUUAUGGCAUCCUGUUUUUGUGGGAACGGCGAAUAAACGCCAAAUCAACUACUAUUACGUCUGAUAGGCACAUUUUGUGUAAACUCUGCGUGAAAGGGGCCGAUGCGUGAAAGGAUUUGGAACAAUGUCCUAAAAAAGGAAUGUGGAUUUAUUUUUCCUUUUUUUCUUUCAAGAAUUCCGCCAGGAAUUCCUCCAGCCCCCUUGCUGGACCUUUUUUCAACAUCUAUUUUGCACGAUAUGUCCGAAACCACAAUAUGUGCCUUGCCUUCAGUUCAACGACAAUAAUAAUAAUAAUAAUAAUAAUAAUAACAACAAUGAUGACACAUUUUGGAAACGUAACAAUACUUUUCAUGGUACCGCUUCAAGAAAACAAAACAAAAAAAGUUGCAUGCGGGAUUGCUUGACGCUAACUAGCCUAGCGGGUACACACUUUUGCGUUGGCAGUGUCUACAGGCUCAUUUAUACGCACUACAAUUCAUAUUUAAACUGUCCUUAUACAGUGAACCACAGUUUAUCACGUGGGGUACGUUCCAGGCUAAAAAUUCGCAAUAUAGAGAGAGAUCAUGUCAACAUAAAUUCAAAACAGUUUUAAACCUAGCACACGCUUUUAAACACAUUUAAAGUUAUUAAAACACACUUUUCAAAGUAUUCCUUGCAGCCUGUUUUUACUCUGUCGCUCGUAUGACAUCGCUUUGAGGAAAUCAAAAGACGAGAGGCGGGGCACGCCCUGAACUGGUCGCCAGCCAAUCGCCGGGCACAUAGAAACAAACAACCCAUUCGCACGCACAUUCGCACCUACGGGCAAUUUAGAGUCCUCGAUCAACCCACCCCGCAUGUUUUUGGGAUGUGGGAGGAAAGCGGACUGCCCGCAGAAAAGCCACGCAGGCACGAGGAGAACAUGCAAACGCCGCACAGUCGAGGCUGGGAUUUGAACCCGCAACCUCAGAACUGCGAGGCAGAAAUGCUAACCGUCCCGCCCCAAACAAAAGUCCUCAAAGUUAAAUGGCGGCACCAGGAGUCUUGUUGGCUGUUGAAGACGCUUCACCUUGAAUCCAAAAGGUUUAUUCCCUUGUAAAUGUUGGCUAGUGACAUCUGUCCCCCAAAGAUUGCGGGUAAGUUAACGGGUGAACGACCGGUUACACUCCUAAACCAGACACAGCUGGCAACAGCAACCACCACCGUGUGCCCACCGCCAGGGGGCACACCCACCAGAGACACGACUAACAACUGACUAAGUCAGCAGUUGACCAAUCCACUAACCAACCCAUUGACCAACCUACAAACUAAGCAGACAUCCAAUUAAUUGACUAAUUAACUAACCAACCAAUCAAUUGACAGACCUACCAGCCAAGAUCGAGAAGUGAAGAAGCCUUUUGGAUUCAUGGUGAACCGUCCGUCAGCUUUUUGUCGGCUCAAAGCUGCGCCCGCGACUUCCUGGUGGUACUGCAACAUUUGGAAUCCGGAAGCUUUCGUGACACGGACAAAAACCGAGCGCAUCUCACGCGGCGUACAAAUGAGCCUUUCGCCGUCGGUUAGCUAGCUUUGUCAGACGGACGGCUUAGCUCGGCGCUAACACUACGACAGACGACCGACAUAUUUGUUGCACUUCAUACUCCAGACAGCAGGGGGGCGCCGCUGCCCGCGGGCAAAGCAUGCUGCUGUUAGCUUAGCUAAGCCAAACUAAGCUAAGUGACGAAUAACGGCAUCGGCCUUAGCUCUGAUUGGCUGUUUGAACACCGUCCACUUUUCAACCAGCUUGAUUUCUACAGCCAUAAUAAUCAUUUCAAACUCUUUUUUAAUUUUGCAUGUAUGUUUAUGAAGCUUAUUCUGUAAUUGAAACACACGAGUGUGUCUAAAUACUUUGAAUGUAUACGAAACGUUCGACUGGUGGCCGAGCCACACGCGCACACAAACACACGCGAUCGUGAUGCUAAUGAUGCUAAAGCUAACCUCCGUCAGGAGGAUAAACUUGUUUGCACAGCGGAAAAGGGGAUGACGUGAAUGUGAAGAAAUCGGAGAGAGGAAGAGCACAGCAACAGCAAGAGCGGAAAUGAUGACGACGCCAUUUGGAUUCCCUCAAAGCAAAGCUGACGAUUGUGUUCAUUUAGCCAGAAUGCUCUUCAUUUGCGUUUUGCAACGCGAUCUUAUAUGACGCGUUCUUAACAAUCGUGUUUAGUAAAGAAGGGAACGAAGGAAGGAAGGAAGGAAGCGGCCAUGCAAAACAAAAAAAGCAAGAUUGUAUUUGUACGCUUUAUUUGGAUGCUUAAAAGCGCCCCAAAAAACAUUUGGAAGCGGACUAGAUGAAAUGUCCUAGUUUGUUGAAGCAGUUUAUUUUGUUGUGUUUAUUUUGUGGGAAAACGACGGAAACGGGUUUGCUGACCCGCAUCGCGCUCGUCCACCGUCAUCGAGUCCCAACAAACCGGAAUUAAUCAAGAGAUUAUUUGUUGUAUUCAUUUCUAUCGUAAAUUGGACGAAAACUAAAAUAAAUUGGGAAAGUGAAUGAUCAAUUGGGAAAGUGAAUGAUCAAUUGAUCAUUCAAUUUUGAGUCUUUAAUUAACGUAGCACGCGAAAAGCCACGCAGGCGCGGGGAGAACAUGCGAACUCCACACAGGCGGGAUUGGAACCCCGGUCCCCAGAACUGUGAGGCAGAUGUGCUAACCAGUUGCCCACCAUUCCGCCCCCAUUUUUAUUUAAUUGACACAUUCUAUCGACAUUUUAUCAUGAAUUAGAAAAUGGAAAUGAAAUGAAAGAUAACCUCAUUUUGAACUUGUAUUCCUUUUCUGCCAAUAUUUUGUUCUUGUUUGUUGAUGCGACAUAUUGAUCACAAUAACGUUGCCCAUAGCGGAGGAUGUCAAUUUUGUUCUUCAUUCCUAAAGAAGCGAUUACUCAACAAUCGAUUCAUCGGAAUGAUCCAUUAUUAUGUCCAUGGCAACAACAAUAACGGUUGUUAACGUUUUGGGUCCUAACCAUUUUUAAUCAGGCAAUAUGUGUGUCCACAUCUACAAUCGGUCUUCAGCAUUGUUUCCGUGCUACUACAUGCUAAGUGCUGACAAACGUAUUUCUCCGAGAUUUUCUGGUUAGCUUCUCAUUGGCGAGGUUAAAAAAAAAAGUUUUUAAAAAGUGUGUGUGUGUGUGUGUGUGUGUGUGGCUGUUAAACAAGCGUCAGAUUCGGGAGGCCAAAAAGACAAACCCAAAACGAUUCCAGUUGGUCCUCAUUGAAUGUUUUCAUUUGGAUUUGUUUUGAAGGCUUUUUCUUUUGGCGCGCUUGCAUUCCAGACGUGCAUCAUGCCGUGCUGCUUUUCGCACUGUGCAAUAGCAACAAUUCACCAUGAGAGCAAAAAAAACAGAAAAGGCAAAAGAGCGCCGAGGGCCAAAAGGGCUGCAGCUUAGCCGCUUUUUUUUUUUUUUUUUUUUGUCCAACAAACAAAUGCAAAAAAAAGUUAAUAUUCAACCUUGAUUUGCAUGACGUGUCAAUUGUAAGAAGAGGAAGUGACGUGUUUGGACUUCCUGUCAUGUGAUGAUGAUGAUAAUGAUGUCAUUAGAACAUGUACAGUACUCGCAUUCAGCCAAUGCUGAUGGAUUCUUUACUUUAAGUAUGACUGCCUAUGCAAAAAUAAAGCAUCAAUAAAGAAGCUAUAUCACAUUG